UAUAGAUCGGUACAGUUCCUUCACCACGCGCGUACCAGAUUGAUGCCUCUCUCAGUCUCUCUCCGUCCCAGAUUGAUGCCUCUCUCUCCGUCCCAGAUCCCGACGCUGGCGAUCGCGCGUGGAAGCGAUGGCUGCCAUGCCCGCAUCUAUGAGCCGGGGAACACUUCAGGCGGCGAGCCAACCAGCGAGAAAAGAGCUCGGGAGAGGUCGGAGCUUCUCCACAAGAUCCACGACUCGUACGAGUGUGCCCACAAGCGGCUCACCAUGGCCAACGUUGAGAUCCCUUUCGUCGGCGCCGGCCUCUCGAUCGGCCUUCUCGACCCGACCGCCAACAUCAUCUACAACACCCUCGCCGCCUCCGACCUCUGCCGCGGCGCCGCCGACAACCUCUCUGGCAUCGAGGGUGUUAAUCUCCUAGACAUGGCGCAGCGAUCGGUGGAUGGUCUUGUCGCCUUCGUCACCUGCUUCUUCCGCUACCUCCCCGACUGGCAAGCCGUGCGCUACCUGCUCCUCGCCGGCGCCGACCUCGUCGUCGCUGCGCGCCUCGUCGUGCAUGACCGGUGUCUCCAUAUGUUCAACUUCAGUUCCGACACCAGCAAAUCCGUCGUCCGGACUUCCCUUAUCUGCGCCGCCCUAGCAUCAAAGCACAUGAACCCCGAGCACCUCGUCCGCACCUGGCUGUCACCCUCUUGCCCUCUGGAUGAAGCCGUCCAUGCGAUUCAGAACGACAUCAAUAACUUCACCUGCGUGUUCAACACAGAUUCUGUCGGGGUUCCUGACAUACAAACGCAACCCCUCGAUUUCGCUUGGAACCGCGCAUUGGCCAUCCCUCCAUCGACAACCGUGCGGUAUCGCCACUACCUAUCGGUGAAAUUAACGGUCCUCGACAUGAUCCACACCUUCUACCUCAAGGCGCUUGCCCGGUUGCCGGCCAGUGAGCUCCGGUCCUGCUACCACGAAAGCCUGAUGAAGGCUGGCCACUGCUAUGGCCCCUUCGACCCCGUCUCCAACAUCAUCAUCAACACUAUCUGGUACAACACUGUCUCCCCACCGACCCAACAACUCGAGCUUGAUAUGAUCAGUACCAAGAGUCUGCUACGCAUCGAGGCUCGCUCCUUCUAUGGUCUUGUUUCUUUCCUCUGCGCUCGCGCCAACAAACUCUAUGGAGCCAUGCGCAUGCUGCUCCGCUCCGACUGCACUUUGGGGGAAUUCAACUCUCUGGCUACCUUCGGGGAUCAAACCGACAUUUACGAUGCCUUCAGGGUUGCCGGUGAGGCUGCCCGGCACCCAAACCCUGCUGCACAAGCAGAGUUUCUGACCUCAUGCAGUGUUUCAACCCUUCGUAAUCCCUUACCGCCGGGUGACGCCCCGCUCGACUCUGCCGAUGUUCGCCGCAUUGCCGCAAUGCUGUGUCCAGGAUCCCCCAGUGACCCUGUCAAGCCACUGCAGCAUCAGUCCGUUCCCAGGACCAAGGUCUCCAGUGUUGCACGAUAUCGAAUCAAUAAAUGGAAGAACGAGCACACACGAAUCUCUAAGCAAGUGAAAGCAGCGCUGGACUCAUACGUGCUGCAGAACAAGGAACCAAUGUAUGAUCUUCAUGUUAUUUGUGGUGUGAACAACUCUGUAUCUGGCCCUGACUACAAUAUGGAUACUCACGGGCCCGACUUCAUAUACCAUCACAGCCAUAUUAAUUUUCUGGCAAGCCCAAGAGGUGAAAAUCCACAACUCUUCUUUGCUGAAGUUAGCAAUGACGAGGCACAGGAUGAAGGCGGGAAGGCCCUCUUGUGUUGUCCUGUGAAUUUUCCCCAAACAUGCCAAGAACAAAUCCGCUGCCUGUACUGUGAUUUUGAAGGGACUAAAAUUGUACACCCGGCUAAGCAGGAAUUCCAAUUCAAAGGGCGCGACUUGGAGUUCCAGAAGAUGGUUUGUGGAAUAGAUCCGCACGAGGAGGAAAUAGAUCCAGACGGUGUGCAGAUGUACAGCAACUAUGAUAUUAUUGGCACCUCGCGCCUGGCACUAGAUCAUGUGGGACCUCUCAUAGAUGACUACAUCUAUACCAACUACGAUGAUGACACUGAUGAGGAAUACGGUAGUGAUGAUGAUAUCAUAGAGUGAGGUUGGUUUGGCUAGCGUUACUCAAACAGGUAAUUUCCCAGUUUGCGUACCAUAAAUACAGAUAUUGUGAAAAUCUGAUGUGCUACCUGAUAGUUUUCUAC